UCGAUUGUUUCAUUGUUUUCCUUUGAAAGAAAACUAAUGAAUAAAUAAAAAGAAUAAAAAAAUAACGGUAAAAAAAAUAGAAAAGAAUAUUACUAAAAUUCGAUUCUUUUUUUCCAUGGUAACGGUGACAUUCUCUCUCACUCUCGUUCUCACUUCGAAUUCAUUUCUCAUUUCUUCAUUUCGACAAUAAAUUGUUAGCUAAUCAUCGUUAUUCUUCAGCUGAUUUAUUCCUUAAUCUUAAUCUUCUUCUAAUCUGUGAUAAUCUUCAUUUUCGUUUGUUUUUUUUUUCUUCUUCUUCAUCAACGAUUUGAUUAUUUUUCUCUAUUCUAAUUAACUGUUACGAUUUAUUGAAUAAUCUCUGUUCGUAAAAGUUAAUUGUUGAUGAUUAACUAGAUUAUUAUGUCACAAGAUGAAGGUAAAAUUAACUUUGCCGCCGUUGAAGAAUCAAGCAGUUCAGGUCAAAAUUUUUUCGGCUUUGUACUAACUGGCAUUUCGAUAACAGUGUUUCUGUUGACGUUCCCGCUUUCGCUAUUUGUGACCCUUAAAGUUGUCCAAGAAUAUGAAAGAGCCGUUAUCUUCCGAUUGGGACGAUUAUUACAUGGAGGGGCCAAAGGACCGGGAAUAUUUUUCAUUCUACCCUGUAUUGAGAAUUAUACUAAAGUUGACCUGAGAACAUUAACUUUCGAUGUCCCUCCACAAGAGGUUUUAACGAAAGAUUCAGUUACCGUUUCCGUGGAUGCGGUCGUUUAUUAUAGAGUCCGAAAUGCGACAGUUUCCGUCGCUAAUGUUGAAAAUGCUCAUCACUCAACUCGACUUCUUGCUCAGACCACAUUGAGAAAUAUGCUUGGAACUCAUAAUCUCCAUGAAAUCCUUUCUGAUCGAGAAUCAAUUUCAAGCUCAAUGCAGCAAUAUUUGGAUAAUGUGACAGAUUUUUGGGGAAUCAAAGUUGAAAGAGUUGAGAUUAAAGAUGUUCGAUUACCAGUCCAACUUCAACGAGCUAUGGCAGCCGAAGCUGAAGCUGCUCGAGAAGCUCGAGCAAAGGUAAUCGCGGCGGAAGGUGAACAGAAAUCAUCUCGAGCUUUAAGAGAUGCAGGUAAUAUGCUCGCCUCUUCCGGUUCGGCGAUACAAUUACGAUAUCUUCAAACAUUAGCUUCGAUUUGUACCGAAAAAAAUUCGACGAUCAUUUUUCCCGUUCCAAUAGAUUUAAGUUUAGGUUCGACAAGAAGAUGAAACAAUAGAAAAAAGUUCGAAACUUUUAUCGAAUAAGAAAACAUAAGAGGCGAAAGAAAAAAAAUUCUAUUUACAAAAUGUUCUCCUCACAAACUGACAACAAUUUAUUUCCUUUAAUUACUUGAUUGUUUUACUAUUUCAUCAUUUAAUUGUAAUCAAUCAAAUGUCAGUGUUCUUCUUGAUUGUUAAUUGUCUUCUCUUGACAUCUUUUCACUUGGAGAAAGAGUUGUCUUUGUGAAUUUUAUUUCUACCAAGUAUCAACAAUCAAUUGGUAAAAUGAGAGAGACUGAUGAAGAUAAAAUGAAUUCUCAUCCUAUUAUUAAUACAACAAUUAGUAGUGAACCAAUUUAUUGCAAUUUAGUUGAUUGUGGUGACGAUUUUGAUCAUCAUGUUCAACUUGAACAAACUUUGUCUCUACCAAAUGGACAACCAGUCGUCAAUUUGAUUCAACAAUUAGUUCAACUCUCAACAUCCUUUUAUUUAAAUCUUACAAUCAACAAAUUGUUAAUUUCAUCCUUUGCUAUUCUUCAAAUUUGCUUCUUAAUCAGUUAAUAGAACUUUAGAAAUUUAAAUUGUAACUAUUUUCGUUUCA